AUGCGGCACCCUGAGCUGCAGCAGCGGCUGCACGCCGCGGAGGCUCUGGAAGACCAUUCUGACAAUGCUGGCGAAAUAUGUCGUCCUUCCCUUCUUGGCAGUCUGUGCUUUGGAUGCAUGUUAGAACUGCCCUCCUUUGGUAUGACCUUAUCACCGGCUUUCUAUCGCCUAUAUGUCCGUCACGGCUACAUUGCAUCUGAGCACAUUCAGGUAUGCAUAUGCAGCCUGUGGGUACGUAUAUACACAUGCUUUUACGUGUGUAUACAUACGUAUAUAAGUACAUAUAUACUUAUAUGCAUAUCUAGACAUAUACAUGUACACGCAUAUAAACACUAA